AUGAGGCGGCUUCCCUGCUUCGGCAGUCGCGACGGGGUUGCGGCGGAGGUUACAGUGUGCAACUUAGUUCUCAUGGGUGCCGAAGGCGUGGGAAAGAGCGCAAUUCUGCAACAGUUUCUAAAAGGAACAUUCCGCCAAGCGUACGUUCCGACCUCGUUGGAGACGUUUGUGCGAUGCGAGACCGUAAGUGGGGAGUUGUAUCGAAUACAUUUGUGUGAUUGCUCUGGUAGUAGUGGGUUUAGCGAGCACCGUGCGCCAUACAUAGCAGAGGCGCAUGGCCUAAUGUUUAUUUACUCCACUACGGACAUGGACUCGCUCUUGUGCCUUCUGGAGUGUGCAAGGGAGAGCUGCCGUGCACGGCAGCAGCAUGGUGUGAAGGGGAGCAUUCCACUUCUGCUUGUAGGUACCAGAGCCGACGACACCGAGCAUCAUGUCGUGACGGUGCAGGAUGCAGAGCGCGUAGUGCGGGAGUGUCUGUUGACGUUGGGUGUGAGGCUUUCAAAAAAGUGCAACAAAACUGAAAACAACGGCAUAGGCAGUGGCGCAAGCAACGCAGGGAGGCACUCCGAUCUACCGGUCUUAGAAAUCUCAAGUAGAAAUCACAAGGAUGUGUUGCGGGCAAUGCACCUCAUGAUUCGCAUGGCGCAUUACUUUCGUAUAGCAUCCUCUCCGCCCGGAGUCACGUUGAAUUGCCCGAAGGUGGAGCCGCGCCGACUUGUCUCAGAGGAGCUGAAUUUGGGCACCCGUCCGGGAAAUGCCGGUGGCGACGCAUCUCCACACAGCCGCUUCACGGUGACAACGACGACGAUUAGUCUUCCGACAGUUUCCCGCAACUGCUUGUCGCCCCUGUUGCUGAGUGACUCGGAUGUAACUGCGUCGUACUCUCCGAAGAGCGUCGGCGUGACACAAAGCGUGUUUUCAAGUGCUGCAGAGGAUGAAGGGACGAUAGAGCAACUGUACUUGCAGGAGUCAGUGGGUAGUGAGGUCAUUGUGCACCUGCCGCCGUGGCUUCUCGCUGAUGAGCCCGCCAACGUACUCGCCAGCGAUACCACACCCAUGACAUUGCUUGCGUCGGAGGAAUUGUCGGAAAAACGGGCCUCCAAAAUGGGGCCAGGCCAACGACAUUGCCAUGCAUGCCAUGUCAUGUAA